AUGAAACAAAACGACUUAUUUGCAUUUGAGCCACUUCUAAAAAAUAAUAUCAAGAAGAGUGGUCAAACCAUCAGUGGAGAAAUUUUGGAUUUUUCAGGUGUAUAUUCCUUCCAAUUCAGAGCUGAAAACGCAAAAUCAAUCUUUAUCAAACACACAGUUAACGGCGAGUUCAAUGAAGUAAACAUUGCCAAAAAAGGAAGACUUGUUUCUACACCUUUAACACCUUUAAGUGGACUAAUUAAGAAGUACACUGAACCACUGAAAAUUGUGGCGAAAAAAAUACAAAACGUGAAGUCCUUACUUCCCUAUAUUCCACCAGUUUAUCAUCCCUUCUUUAACAGUCUAAGUGCUGCUGCUGGUACAGAGAACGAAGUGGAAAAUGUAGAACUUUUUGACUAA